GGUCUAAUAUGCCCGGAGCCGAGGCGCGAUGAAGGAGAAGUCCAAGAAUGCGGCCAAGACCAGGAGGGAGAAGGAAAAUGGCGAGUUUUACGAGCUGGCCAAGCUGCUCCCGCUGCCGUCGGCCAUCACCUCGCAGCUGGACAAGGCGUCUAUCAUCCGACUCACCACCAGCUACUUGAAGAUGCGGGCCGUCUUCCCCGAAGGUUUAGGAGACGCGUGGGGACAGCCAAGCCGCGCGGGGCCCCUGGACAGCGUCGCCAAGGAGCUGGGAUCGCACUUGCUUCAGACUUUGGAUGGAUUUGUUUUCGUGGUAGCAUCUGAUGGCAAAAUCAUGUAUAUAUCGGAAACAGCUUCUGUGCAUUUGGGCUUGUCUCAGGUGGAGCUCACGGGCAACAGUAUUUAUGAGUACAUCCACCCUUCCGACCACGACGAGAUGACAGCAGUGCUUGCGGCCCACCAGCCCCUUCACCAUCACCUGCUCCAAGGUAUUUCCUCCAGACGAAGACACCAGCAUGAAAACCAGACGAAGCUCUUGGAUGGGACACGAGGGUUUUGCUUCCCAUGCUGCCCAGGGGAAGUGUGCGGGACUGGAGCGGCCCAGCUGGUUUCUCAUGCCAGAGACCAUGAUGGGCGCUGGCUGGUAGGGGGAACACAGGUCUAG